GCUGCUCCGGGGGCGUCCCGGCCUGGUCAGCGGCCCGCUGAUUUUAAAUAGCAUCCUUCGAAUUUAUUUCCGCGGCUCCACUCGCAGACCUCGGCGCUGCCUGGGCUCCCGCGGACUCUCCUUAGGUCUCUUCCAAACGACCACCUCACGGAUUCCUUAUGGAUCGCAGCUCCAAGAGGAGGCAGGUGAAGCCUUUGGCAGCUUCUCUGCUAGAAGCUCUCGAUUAUGAUAGUUCAGAUGACAGUGAUUUUAAAGUUGGAGAUGCCUCAGAUUCUGAAGGGAGUGGUAAUGGAAGUGAAGAUCCAUCAAAGGACAGUGGAGAAGGCUCCUGUAGUGAUUCUGAAGAAAAUAUUUUAGAGGAAGAACUGAAUGAAGGUAUUAAAGUAAAAGAGGAACAGCUAAAAAAUUCUGCAGAGGAAGAAGUAGUGUCAUCAGAAAAACAGUUAAUUAAAAUGGAUAAGAAGGAAGAAGAAGAGAAUGGAGAAAGACCUAGAAAGAAAAAGGAGAAAGAGAAGGAAAAAGAAAAGGAGAAAGAGAAGGAGAGGGAGAAGGAGAGAGAGAAGGAAAAAGAAAAAGCAACAGUUUCUGAUAAUGUGGCUGUCUCUGCUGCUGCCGCCACACCUGCCACAAGUCCUCAUGCCAUUAACACAUCUCCUUCUGUCCCUAGUACGACAGCCACGACAGAGGAACAAGUUAGUGAGCCAAAAAAGUGGAACCUUCGUCGAAACCGACCACUGUUGGAUUUUGUAUCCAUGGAAGAACUGAAUGACAUGGAUGACUAUGACAGUGAGGAUGACAAUGAUUGGCGACCUACCGUAGUGAAGAGAAAGGGGAGAUCUGCCUCACAAAAAGAAGGAAGUGAUGGGGACAAUGAGGAUGAUGAAGAUGAGGGAAGUGGGAGUGAUGAGGAUGAAAAUGAUGAAGGCAAUGAUGAAGAUCAUAGCAGUCCUGCCAGUGAAGGGGGUUGUAAGAAGAAGAGGAGUAAAGUUCUUAGCAGAAACAGUGCUGAUGAUGAGGAACUGACCAAUGAUAGCCUGACACUAUCUCAAAGCAAGAGUAAUGAGGACUCGCUGAUUCUUGAGAAGAGUCAAAACUGGAGUUCUCAAAAAAUGGACCAUAUUCUGAUUUGCUGUGUUUGUCUUGGAGAUAAUAGUGAGGAUGCUGAUGAAAUAAUUCAGUGUGACAAUUGUGGCAUUACAGUCCAUGAAGGUUGCUAUGGAGUUGAUGGAGAGAGUGACUCUAUUAUGAGUUCAGCUUCUGAAAACUCCACUGAACCUUGGUUUUGUGAUGCCUGUAAAUGUGGUGUUUCCCCUAGCUGUGAACUUUGUCCCAAUCAGGAUGGAAUUUUCAAGGAGACAGAUGCUGGAAGAUGGGUUCACAUUGUUUGUGCCCUAUAUGUUCCUGGAGUAGCCUUUGGAGAUAUUGACAAAUUACGACCUGUAACACUAACAGAAAUGAACUAUUCCAAAUAUGGUGCCAAGGAGUGUAGCUUCUGUGAAGACACUCGUUUUGCUAGAACUGGAGUUUGCAUUAGCUGUGAUGCAGGGAUGUGCAGAGCCUAUUUCCAUGUGACCUGUGCCCAGAAGGAAGGUCUGCUUUCAGAGGCAGCAGCAGAAGAGGAUAUAGCAGAUCCAUUUUUUGCUUACUGUAAGCAACAUGCAGAUAGGUUAGACAGAAAAUGGAAGAGAAAAAACUACUUGGCUCUGCAGUCAUACUGUAAAAUGUCUUUGCAAGAGAGGGAGAAGCAACUAUCGCCAGAAGCACAGGCAAGGAUCAAUGCCCGGCUUCAGCAAUAUCGCGCCAAAGCAGAGCUAGCUCGAUCCACCAGGCCUCAGGCCUGGGUUCCAAGGGAAAAACUGCCUAGACCACUCACUAGUAGUGCUUCAGCCAUUCGUAAACUGAUGCGGAAAGCAGAACUAAUGGGGAUCAGUACAGAUAUCUUCCCAGUGGACAAUUCAGAUACUAGUUCUAGUGUGGAUGGAAGGAGAAAGCAUAAACAACCAGCUCUCACUGCUGAUUUUGUGAAUUAUUAUUUUGAGAGAAAUAUGCGCAUGAUUCAAAUUCAGGAAAAUAUGGCUGAACAAAAGAAUAUAAAGGAUAAAUUAGAGAAUGAACAAGAAAAGCUUCAUGUGGAAUAUAAUAAGCUAUGCGAAUCUUUAGAAGAACUACAGAAUCUGAAUGGAAAACUUCGAAAUGAAGGGCAAGGAAUAUGGGCCUUGCUGGGCAGAAUCACAGGGCAGAAGUUGAACAUACCGGCAAUUUUGCGAGCACCCAAGGAGAGAAAACCAAGUAAAAAAGAAGGAGGCACACAAAAGACAUCUACUCUUCCAGCAGUACUUUAUAGUUGUGGAAUUUGUAAGAAGAACCAUGAUCAGCAUCUUCUUUUAUUGUGUGAUACCUGUAAACUCCAUUACCAUCUUGGAUGUCUGGACCCUCCUCUUACCAGGAUGCCAAGAAAGACCAAAAACAGCUAUUGGCAGUGCUCAGAAUGUGACCAGGCAGGAAGCAGUGACAUGGAAGCAGACAUGUCCAUGGAAACCUUACCAGAUGGGACCAAACGAUCAAGGAGGCAGAUUAAGGAACCAGUGAAAUUUGUUCCACAGGAUGUGCCACCAGAACCCAAGAAAAUUCCAAUGAGAAACACAAGAACCAGAGGACGAAAACGAAGUUUCAUUCCUGAAGAAGAGAAACAUGAGGAAAGAGUUCCUAGAGAAAGAAGACAAAGGCAGUCUGUGUUACAAAAGAAGCCCAAGGCUGAGGAUUUAAGAACUGAAUGUGCAACUUGCAAGGGAACUGGAGACAAUGAAAAUCUUGUCAGAUACCCUUCAUGAGACCCAACUCUGCCACAGCUCAUCCUCGGAGGCAAUCCCGGAAACCUCUUUUAUAACUGUGAUUUUAAAAAUGUGGAUAAAACUCUCAAUAGAGUACAUAAAGUAAAGGAGAACAGCUAUCUUGUCCUUUAUUAAGCUUAUCACUGCAAAAAAGUUGCAUUUGCUUGUCAGGUUUGGAUAGAAUGUAAUUGAUUGGUUUGUUACUUGGACUGACAAGGCAGUUAAUUUGUUUGUGUGGAUUUUUUUUUUUCUUUUUUUGCACUAAUCAGAAACAAUUGAUAUGUGCAUUGUUGAAAAAUACUGGAUAAAUGUCUUGUCAAAAUUGUCCUAGUAAGUAAUGUGUUGCCCUCCGGCUUCUUUGACAAAUGAUGAUAUACAGUGUUUGGACUUACUGAAGAGUUAUGGAAGCCUGUGGGACUUAAGUUGUUUUCCCUGUUGUUGUUGAACAAUACCACUAACAAACAAGAAAGACAGCACUUUCCAUUAGUCUGCUAAUCUGUUUCAUCUAAUUUAGUACAUAUAUUCAUAUAUGAAAUGUUGCAUUGUGAAAUAACUAUAGACCUAUAUUAAAUGUUAUUUCUAUUUAUAAUAUUCAGUAAAAGUGAAAGACUUGUAAAGCAUAUGACAUUCUAGUUUUGACUCAUUAGUCCUAGUUUGAAACCACUAAUUUUAUUAGCAUGAAAUUUUUAUAACUUCAGAUUUUAAGCCCAUGAAUAAGAAUAUAUGUGUGGAUCUCUAGAUAUUUUUUAGUAAUACCCCAGUUUUCGAUCUUUAUUGUUUUAAUAUGAACUUGCUUUGUUCAGCAUAAUUUUAUUUUCUGAACCUUAAAUAUGAAGCUAUGAAAUAAGGAGGGAGAUACAAAGCUAAUUGACUAUACAGCCUGCCAUCUGAAAGAUCAUCAUCAACAUCUGUAUCUUUCCAGAGGUUUACAGAAUUAAAACUUGAUCUUCAAGCUUUAAUGAUCCAGUUUUAAAUCAACGACAGAAAUAUGUUGAAUAUUCCAUCACUCCAUCUUGAACUGGUUUAGAAGAGACUCUGCUGAAAUUGAAAUGCAUAUAUACAUGUAAAUAAAUUGUUAACAUGUCUCUUGGAAUUCCCUGGUUUAUAAAUGUGGUUUUGGACAUCUUUUUAGGUAUAGCAGCAAUUGAAAAUAGUUUAAACUUUAGGAAUAGAGUAGGCAGUGUUAUAGAUAAUCAAAAAUAAGUGUAUGCCAUAUGUUAGUAAUCUAUAGUUAUAGUAAGGAACUAUAUAAGAUUGGAUAAGAUAUUUAAUAAAAGUAACAUGAUAUAAAUAAAAUUAUGUAUGAACUGAGACUAUUAACAUAUUGAAAUAUCUCUUAUAACCUUGGAGGGAAAAUAUUAAUCUGUAGCAAUACCAGCAAGCUCUUUUUUUUAAAGAAGAAUAAGAAAGGACUAAUUAUUUAUCACUACAUAAGCGUAAGAAAAAUAGGUAAUUAAUACUGUUGCUGAGCUCUAGCUGAUUUUAAGAAAAAUGACAAUUUGCUAUUUUCUUAAUGGAAUCUUUGCUAAUGCAUUAGGCCCUGGCCUUCCUUUAAUAUAUGCUGUGAAAUUACUAGUGGUCAUUUAAUUUAGGUCGUUUGGAAAAUCAUUAAGCCUUGUGGUUUUGAUGUCACUGUUAAUCAAAAUCAUUUCCAUCUUUGUUCCCAUUUCAGGACUACAUUAUCAUAAUUCUCCAUCUUGCAUUUUUCAGUGGUGGAUAUGCUGUUCCAUAUUUGAUGGUAGCCUUGAGAAGCUUUUCACACAUCACAAACAUCAACCACAUAAUUCAUGAAAUGAUAGGUCCUACAAAUGUGUGGAUAGAGUAGGAGAAUGUUUGAAGGGAGUAGAAUAAAGCACUUUCUCUCUCCUAAUAGUCUCCUAUAUGCUCUUCUGUUUUUACAGUAUAAAAUUAACCUUUGUCUCCAAUUGGUCCAAUUGCUAGUCAAAGGAGAUUAGUGUGUGCUUAAGAAAGUAUGCAUUAAAUGAUUCAAAUUUCACAGACUGAUAUAAGAGAAAAUGGCAUGUCAGGUAAAUGAAGGUUAUUUGUCACAGUAAGGAAAGGAGGAAACAACAAAAUUUAAGGAAGUUAAUUGACUCCGAAAUACUACAAGAGGGAUGAUAUGGUACUGUGUAGUGGUGGUUCUCAAACUUUGUAGUGCAUCAUAAUCACAGGAAAGAUUUUUAAAGACACUGAUUGUUAUCCUAUUCCUUUUCUUUUGUUUCCCCACUUCCAACCUGUCCUCCCUCCACCCCCAAGUUUCUGAUUCAGUGAGUCUGGACUGAACCCUGAAAAUUAGCAUUUCUAACAAGUGAGUCAUGCUUAUACUGCUACCCAGGGACCCUACUUUGAGAACCAUUUUUAUAUACUAUUAAAAACAAAACAAACAAAACCUUGGGUUUUACUCAACAUGGAUAAAAGAAUGUGGCUUAAAUUGUCUUCAAAGGAUGCUUAGAUUUUCCAAAAUAUUUGUUUCUAGAUAAAAGAAUUUGUGGUAAUUUCAACUCAACACAUAAAAUACAAUUUCUUUGUUUUUGUGAAUUCAGUUAAACAAAUGUUUAUUUUACACCUUUUAUGGGGACAGCACUAUUUUAGAUACCGAACUGAAUCAAAGAACUGUCAAGGAAUGUAACUGUUGUCCAUAAUUCAGGAAUUCCUUUGUAAAAACAGACUUGAAAUUAGUGUUAUAUAUGAACAUGAAAACAAAAUUUAGCUUAAAGGUUUAUCAGUCUUGGUUUUAGGAAUUAUAUUUAUGCAUCACUUACUUAUUGUCCUUCAUAGGUCUUUUUAAUGUUUAUCUGAUUUUACAUUUAUGAUGUUAAAAAGAGCUUGCUGAUCAAUAAUAAUAAUAUUCACACUCAUGAUCUUAUUUCCCUGCUUUUACAUCCUGUUAGGUAUUUAAUGAGACCAUUCCUUUGAAAUAUGUGAAAUCACUAAUUUGACAGAUCUCACAAAAUUUUUACUUGACUCAAUAGGGGACUAUUUUUAUUAAUAUUUCAACAAAAUCUAUACAAAUAAUUCAGAAGGCCUUUCUGCAGCAGAAGGGGUAUAUUUACAUUCUUAAGAAUUUUUUCCCUUUUAAAUUUCUGAAGUUGUUUUUGACAAUUGAAAUUCUUUUAAGAGACUUAGCUUUAUCAUAUGAAGGCAGAAUUUUUUUCCUGCCAGUCUGAGUCAGCAUGUUAAAAAUUUACAUAAUAUUAAGAAUUGUGAUUUACAAAUAUAUCUGAGAUGGGCAUGCUUUGCAAAUACUUCUUUAUAAAAUCUUGGCCCCUCCUCCAGUGCUUACCCUAAGAGUUUCUGCAGGCCUACUGAUAAGAUUCACUGCUGUUCAGGUACAUAAGGCAUAAUGAAAUUGGAUGCACAUGCUGGGCUUUGUAAAUAAAAUGAGAUUGACCUCCAGCCAUUAUCUUAUUUAUCUGAUUUACAUUGUAAAAUCAGCAUCUACACUAUCGAUUAGAGCAUAAUGAGUUAAUUAUGAAUAGGGAAAUACAAAGUUUUGUGGGCCCUAAGCUCAGCAGGUUGUACUGCUGAAAAAUUUCCAAGAGCAUGAGGAGAUGGAGGUCAGUUAAUUAAAGAACAAAGCAGAAUUGUUUCGGGUAUGAAAAUGCCUAAUCAAUCUCUCGUGCUAUGAAGAGGGACUUGACAUUUUUAUAUGAAUUGUUUUGUUUUAUAUUUUAUUUUUUCAUUUUGCUUUUAAUCCUGUAACCAGACUGCUGCAGAAUGUAGCUGAAUUGAUCCCAUUUUUAAGUUGCUGUUAAAUAUGGGUUAGGAUAAUUAUCCAAAUAUUUUUACUGUUAAUACACCUUUAUGAGUAAAAAAUAUUUUUGUCUUUUUUACUACCCAUUUAAUAUAAGGAAUAAACUUGGUUUAUUGAUAAA